CUUGGCGUAUCGUAGGAAACAGUUAUUAUUAUUAGCCGACAACAUUUGCAGCUCAAUGGUGCUGUCUCCGUGUGUUUCUCAAAUCAGCUGCUGUUUCUAAGUAGUUCAGUGAUGGAGGUAAACAAAGAUGAAGCGGAGCGCUGCAUCGAGAUCGCGCUCGGAGCGCUGGAGAACGCGCAGCCGGAGAAAGCGCGCAGGUUCCUGGAGAAAGCGCAGCGGCUCUACGCGACGCCCAGAGCGCAGGAGCUGCUGGAGUCUCUGGAGCGGAGCGGCGAGGCCUGGUCUCAGAACAGCGCCGCAGGAGCUCGUCAGCGCAGGUCUGGGGUCAGCAGUAACGGCGCCGCACCGCCGGACUCCAGUAAACCCUACACGCCGGAGCAGGCCGAGGCCGUCAGACGAAUAAAGCAGUGCAAGAACUACUACGAGACUCUCGGCGUUCAGAAAGACGCUUCUGAAGACGAGCUGAAGAAAGCUUACAGAAAACUGGCAUUAAAGUUUCACCCUGAUAAGAAUCACGCCCCGGGGGCCACGGAGGCAUUUAAAGCCAUAGGAAACGCGUAUGCAGUUCUGUCGAAUGUGGAAAAGCGGCGGCAGUACGAUCAGUUCGGAGAGGAGCGGAGCAGCAGCGGCAGAUCCAGCCACAACAACACACAGUUUGAGGCCGAUAUCUCUCCUGAAGAUCUCUUCAACAUGUUCUUCGGAGGAGGUUUCCCUUCUAGUAAUGUUCACAUGUACAGUAACGGACGGAUGCGCUUUAAUCAGAAUCAUGGCGAGAGAGGAGAACACCGAGGGGGAGGUCUUGCUCUCCUCAUGCAGCUGAUGCCCAUCCUCAUCCUCGUCAUCGUAUCAGCGCUCAGUCAGAUGAUGGUGACCAACCCUCCCUACAGCCUCAGCUUCAGACCGUCGGCGGGUCACACACACAAGCGCGUGACGGAGAAUCUGGGCGUGACGUAUUACGUGAACGAGCGUUUCUCUCAGGACUUCAGCGGCGUGAGACUGAAGCAGGUGGAGGGCAGCGUGGAGGACGACUACGUCUCCAACCUCAGGAACAACUGCUGGAAAGAGAAACAACAGAAGGAAGGGCUGCUGUACCGUGCGCGGUAUUUCGGGGACAGCGCUCUGUACCAGCGGGCGCAGCAGAUGGGAACCCCGAGCUGCUCUCGGCUGUCCGAGGUUCAGGCGUCUUUACACGGAUAGAUGAAGCCGUCACUGCACUGCCUGGUUCCAAAAAAAAAACAAUCUCUCCAGUCUGGAAUAUGGAAGAAUGCCAUACGGAUUGUAAAUACACUUGUUGGAACGACCGAUGAACUUGACUAGGAAAGAGUUACUGAGGGCUGAAAGUGUGUGUGUGUGUGUGUGUGUGUGUGUGUGUGUGUGUGUGUGUGUGUGUGUGUGAAAUCAGAGCUGGUGUUUUUGGCUCCUGUGGAUGACAGACGUUUCCCUGCAGUCUGAAUAAAGUUAAUGUCACUAGAUUCAGCCCCUUUUCCAGGUCAGAAAUCAACAAUCUGCUUUUGCAUUAUGAAUCAGACUGGAGGUCCGAUGACAUCUGCAUAUAUUUAUUUGAGUUUGUUUAGAUCAAGAUCAUGUCUUUUUAAUGGUUUAUAUUUGUAUGUUUGAGAUUUAUCUAUGCAGGGAUAUUAUCGAGUACGACUUUAACGACAGCUGUCCUGCGUCUUUCUCUGACCGCUGCUGUGCACAGGUGAUAUUUAUUGAAGGAUCGAAUAGGAAUAUUUAUUUCAUACGAAGGUUUAUUUUCUACAUGACUUAGUGGAAAGAUUUCAUUGCUGACAGAGACUACGCUGCAGUUAUUUCACUCUGAAUACAAAUAAAGAUUGUAUGUGCCACUGUC